CUGUCUCGCGCGCACAGCUGUCGAAUGUCAUAAUAAAAGUUCGAUUUUAACCUCAAAUAAUAAUAAAUAAACAUUGAAAUUAUUAUGGCGAAUAAGCCGACGCGUGAUAUUUUGGGCAUUAUUUGGCAAAACUUUUGGAAAUCGCUGCGUCCGCGACAAUUUCGCGGCAAUCUCAUUGGCGAGGAUUACUUUGGCAACAAGUACUAUGAGAUUCCAGCAAAUCCAGCGAUUGGCAAACGCAAACCAUCUCGUUAUUUCGAGCCAGCUGACAAGGAGGCAUUUGAUCAGGAAUUGACGGCUGAAUGGGAGGCAUGGCUGCGUGGACGUCGUGAGGAUCCUCCAACGCGUGAGGAACUGGUGAAGAAUCUGCAAAUCAUGGAGAUGAAGAAACAGAAUGCCGCCCAGCUGGACGCUCACUACGCCAAGGGCAAGGACGCGGGUGCGCUGCCUAAGCAGGUGGAGGGCGAUACCAUUGGCACGUUUCCCAAGUACAAGGAUUACGAUCUGAUACCAGGGAAGCAUAGCAUUAAGAAAUAAAUAUGUUAUUGUUAAUGUGAUUUUUUUGCUUGAAUUAAUUUGUAAAUAAUCUGGCACCAUAAUGUGCAUAAGUUAUGUUAUAAACAAUUACAUGGUAAUGAUCAUAUUUGGAUAUUUGUUUUCCUCAACUAUAAUGAUUUAAGAGUAUAAAUUAAUAAAUUAUAGAUUAUUGUUGAGCAAAAACAAAAUAAAACUCAAGAAAAAAUGUUUACGCAGAAGUUACAAUUCAAAAUACAAAAAAUGUGUGUUAAGCUGCACACAGAAGUCGUAAUGUAUUGUAACAUAUUUCAUAAACUAUGAUCUAUGAAACUAUGAAUUCUUGAAAUUAUCGAUGAAGAGAAAUAAAAAAAACAUGAUUAUUUUGGUUUAA